GUGACUUCUGUUCAGCACCUCCGCGCGGGUUGGCCCGAGCAAAUCAGUUUAUUCUAAAAUUUACGGUGACCGGACGUGUAUGUCUUGACGCUGUUCCCUAUCCACCAGCAGCGGCCGUCGCAGACCCUGACGCUGCCCCCGUUUCCAUCAGCUGCUCGUCGGUCUCGUCUACAAGCAUGGCACAAAGUGAAGCCGGUACCACCAUGCACGACCAUCUGGGCAGGUUUUUGCGAGAGCGGGGGCCAAUCGGGUCUACAUUGGACAAGUUCGAACGCCAGGCGAAAAUUCCGCGAGAGUACCUCGCCUAUGUUUUAAUCGCAUCCGUGGUGCUAAUGUACCUGACGAACGUCUUUGGCUACUACGCUACACUGUUCUUUACCACAGCCUACGGCAUCGUCGGAAGCAUUCGGGCCCUUGACAAAAAGGACAUGCCUGGCGUCCAAAAGUGGCUGUGCUAUUGGAUCAUCUACGGCACCGUGACGGUUGUGCUAAGCCCGGUUUUCAAUAUUCUAGGAUCCUACAUUCGCUGCUUCUACAUUUGCGAGAUGGGAGUGCUAUGCUGGUGCGCCGCUCCGGGGGACAACAGCGGUGCAAAGUGGCUCUUCGACAAGAUCUACGCGCACAGGUUGUUCGGGCCAACUACCUUCUUGACUUUGGCAUCUGUUGCCAAGAAGCCACCAGCGGCUAUGGCUGCUCCCGGAGACGUGUAUGAACGUGUUAACGAAGUCGGUAUGCGUUCCCCGCCUCGUUCGCGUCCGGCUUACGCGGCUCAAAAUUAUUAAAAGAACCAAGGGUGUACUCGGCAAGACGAGAGAAUUAUCCAAUUGGCAUGAAUGUUCACCGAUUAAAUAAAUCUCUGAACGGCAA